UGCGCCUCAAAUUCUCGUGAAUUUUCAAUAAAUCUCACAACGAUAGAUUUUCCAGUAAUCGAUGAUGCAAUUGACAAAAGUGCGAUAUUUCUUAUAAAGUAUAUUCUGCGCGAAGGAACGGUAUUUUUGUAAAAGGUCUUGUGACUUCAUUUCUUCCGUUGAAUGUGAUGAAAAGGAAUCUAUUCAAUACAGUUUGCGAAUUAUUUUGCGAGCGUGUCUAUGAAUAUCAUCAACGAAACUAUCCUCAUAUCUAGAAAAAUGCUUGUGCGAUGGAACGAUUUGAAUAAUGGACAAAUGGUGAAUAAGACAAACAACAAGCCUUCAAACGUGGACGAUGACAUGACAAAUCCCAAUGUGACGAGUAAUAACAAGUCGGCAAAUAGUGAUCUAUACCAAGCCUUGUUUCCGAUUUAUUAUAUCAGCAAACUGUCCGGUGUAUUUCCAAUGAGAUUUGUCCGACAGGUAUCUGGCAGAUAUCAAGGCCGAUUGAGCAUCAUCGAUAGCAUUUACAGUCUAUGCUUAAUGACGUGCCUGAUAAGCGUCCAAAUUUGGGGUUUCUGGUGCGAUCUCAGACGUGGAUGGGAGAAUAGCACUCGACUUAAAUCACAGAACGCGAUAAUUUUCUCCGCAAGCGAUGUGUUGGGAUUAAUGAGUCUCAUGGCCGUCUCCAUCAUCAGUUCAAUUAUAUACUGGCAACAGGUGCAAACUAUCAUCGAUAAAUUGAUCGAUUGCGAUGAGAAGCUGGGAAUCCUCUCGCCGAAGAAGCUGCAACGGUACACCAUCCUGUUAACGAUUUGCAGUCUCUCCUAUUGCAUCAUUGUCUCAUAUCUCGAUGUCCGCUCGUGGAAUUACAAGGUACAGCUAAAUAAGAAACUGGACAACACAGGGCCGUUCAAUUAUCUCCCUCUGUAUUUUAUGUACAUAACUAUUAUUAUGAUGGAAGUUCAAUAUUCCAUCAUCGUGUACAAUGUGAGCCAACGAUUCUUUAGAAUUAACAAGACUCUUGAAAAUAUCCUUAAAAGCAGCAAAAUUACAAAUCAAUUCAGAAAGGAUCUUGGAUUAGCUGGCGAGUUUCGAGAUCAAGAACAAUACAUUACAUACAUCCGGCAAGAAAUGAUAGGAAAUACUCGAAUGUUUCGUAAAUCAAAGAUCAUGGAUUCCAUUGUUGCAAAUGAUGGCAGAAGUUUUACAGACAGCAUAUCCCAACUGGUGACAGUACACGCGACACUGUGUGACACAGUAUUACUUAUAAAUACUGUUUAUGGCGUUAUUGUACUCGUAAUUACAAUUACCUGUCUAAUACAUCUGAUCAUCACACCGUACGUUUUGAUAAUGGAAGCUGACGUAAAACGUGAAUCGCUAUUCGUUACAGUAGAAGGAUUGUGGUGUAUCUUUCAAAUUUGGAGAUUACUCGUGAUAGUAGAGCCCACAUAUGCUACUAUAAUGCAGGGAAAGAAAACAGCGGUUUUGGUAAGCCAAUUACUAUCCAUGGAUCACGACAGAGAAGGUACAAAACAACUAGAAAUUUUUUCACUUCAGCUUCUACACCGUCCUUUGGAGUUUACAGCGUGCGGACUCUUCACUUUGGAUCGUACUCUUAUAACCUCACUUGCUGGUGCAGUCACAACAUAUCUUGUAAUAAUCAUACAAUUCCAAAAAGAGGACAAUACAAAGGGCAAUUUCGAUAUUAUAUUGAAGAACGCCACACAAAUGCUGAAAAACGCGACGAUACUUCACAAUAUCACAGCGGGAAGAUUGGGUCUAUAAAUUAAGACAAACUAUGCUUCUCUUUAUUCCUUUUAUG